GCCCGGCAGCCGCGAUGCCUUUCCCCAGCUCCAGCGCGGACGAUGCCUUCGACUACCUCUUCAAGAUCAUCCUGAUCGGGGACUCUAACGUGGGGAAGACGUGCGUGGUGCACCGCUUCAAGACGGGGCAGUUCAACGAGAAGCAGCAGAACACCAUCGGCGUAGACUUCACCGUGCGCUCCAUGGACAUCGACGGCAAGAAAGUGAAGAUCCAAGUGUGGGACACAGCUGGUCAAGAACGCUUCCGGACAAUAACCCAGUCUUAUUACAGGAGUGCCCAUGGGGCCAUCCUUGCCUAUGACCUUACUAGGAGGUCCACAUUUGAAUCCAUUCCUCACUGGAUUCAUGAAAUUGAAAAAUAUGGUGCUGCAAACUUGGUCAUGAUGUUAAUUGGGAACAAAUCGGAUUCACUGGAUAAGCGCCAAGUCCUGUUUGAAGAUGCCUGCACACUGGCGGAGAAGCAUGGGCUCUUAGCUGUGCUGGAGACAUCGGCUAAAGAAGCUCAAAACAUAGAGGAGGUGUUCAUGCUAAUGGCCAAGGAGCUAAUAGCCCGUAAUACCUUACAGCUUCAUGGAGAGAACCCUCCAAACAGCAUCUAUCUAGAUUCCAGGCCAGUGAUUGCCAGUCCAAGUGUGGAGAAGAGCCAGUGCCCGUGUUGAAGAGAGAUUUCAGAAAGAACUUGGAAGUCAUCAUUCUUCUGAGGCUGUUUGAUUUCACUUUACUCAAGUGAUGAGAGCGUGCUAUGUGGCCUUGAGCCAUCUCUCUUGAUAUCUCUACUUUGCAAUUUAGCUGGUGAGCAUCUUCAGAGAUUGUUUCUGUUGGUAGCACAGGCUGCUUUGAACAUGGCAGCUGAUACUUUAACACAAUCUUCUGAGCUGGGAGGACUCAGGGAGCUGUCAGCCCUUGCCUUAACCAAAGAGAACUGUAGAAAUUACUGCCUUCUAUUAUCUCCUUAAGUGAUGCUUCUGGCUGUGUCAGAAGAUAAGUUUGCACCAGAGCUCUGUUUGAUUUGACCCUUUUAAGCUAUGUUGUUUGUUCUAGUGCAAGCACUUUACUUUUUGCUGGUAGCUUUAAAAAGCCUGACGUGCUUGGACAGCGCUAACCCACUGCUGCUUAAACUUUCAUUUAGGGGCAGUUCUGAUGUCAGGCAUGUAACCACCCAUCCCCAGGAACUGAGUUAUAUCU